AUGAGAAGAGAGGAGAGAAACGAAAAGCAGCUUGCGAAUAUAUUGCUUUUUCUCGUUUUCGUCACCGUGAUUCUUAUACAACGAUUUCUGUACGAAGAAGCGAUCAAGGAUUUUUCAACGAGAAUUAUUAGUGAUGAAGUCAACAUAUUUGAAAGCUUCAUUCGCAAGAGAAUCGAGAACGAUAUUGAAGAAGGAAUCGACUCCAUUGUUGAAAAUCAAGCUGAAAUCAAGGAAGAGAAAACCAUUUGGAAGAAAGUAGAAGGAAAGUACAUUCAAAAAUGCACUACUGACAGAUGCAAAUUGUUCGAAACAUUGGAAGACGCAAAAGAAAAUUGCUUGAAAAACGACGAUUGCUUCGGAAUAACUGGAAUAAACGAUGAAUUUAUAUUGAGAAGAGGCCCUAAACUUGUUGAAAGCCCUCUUGGUGAAAACUCCUGGGUCUAUGUGGCCGACCUUGAAUGCUCAGAGAUAGAACAUGACAUAUUCCUUGAUCUUCAGAAGCUUGAAGAAAAUUAUCCAGCUCUCAAAGGAAUCAAAAGAAGAAAUAGAGUCACGAAUAAAUGCUUUUAUCCAGGUUAUCAAAUCGUUAACUCGAUCAUCCGUUUCAAUCCAAACCUCAAGCCAAAGAUCCUAACGCAACCUGACAACUGCCACUUUUCAUGUUCUGAGAAAAUUUCGCUGAUUUUUGGGAUCAAAACAAUGCCUCAAUCAGCUCUCGCCAGAGAGAAGAUCCGAAAAACCUGGCUAAGGAAAGAUAUCUGGGAAUGGCUAGGAGUCCAGAUCAAAAUUGUAUUUCUCAUCGGGAGACCAUCAAAAGAAAAUGCUCUUCAGGAAGAAAUCGAGAAGCAUAAAGAUAUCCUGAUGUUGGACAUGGAAGAAAGCCAUCACGGACUGCCUUUCAAAGGCAUUGCCUUCCUAAAUUUCAUCAAGCAAUCCUGCUCUUCCGUCGAAUUCGUGUUCAAGGGCGAUGAUGACAUUCUCCUCAUCCCUCAAAAUCUCAAAAAAGAAAUCGACAAGCUCAAGGACUCAAAAGUUUUCGAAGCUCUUGCAAUCCCCGGUUUCCCUGUUUUUCCGUUGGACGAUGUUUACAUCGGGUCCCUUAUGGUCGCUUCUGGAAUGCGCGAAAAAGCGCAAAGAUCGAAUGAGACCUGCAAUGGAAUUCUUGCGACAAAUGCUGCCAUCCAAAAGAAUGAUUUUUGUGCUCUACGUCAAGUACCAGUCGCGCACAAAGUUACCAACUAUACAGCGCUACAAUCGAUGUUUCAAAAAGUUGUUUCUGUAAAUUUGGACUGCGAAAAGAACAAAGAAGAUUUUUUAUUAUUUGAUGAUCUUUAA